AUGUCAAAAGUCAGUAGCGCUCUUGCACAUACACCUUUCAAGACAGAAUAUGCUGUAGAAAUGACUUGUGAGUCAUGUGUUAAAACUAUAAAUAAUGUUUUAAAAAAUAUUCCUGGAAUUGAUAAUUUUGAUAUUGAUCUUCAGGAACAAAAAGUUAUUGUUGAAGGAACAGAUACAGGAAAAACUGUUAUUGUACGAGGACAAGGAACUAUAAAUGGUUCGCAUGCAGGAGCAGCUGUUUGUAUCUUUGAAACUUAUACUUAUAGACCGAUAAAUGACAAUAAUAACAGUGAUAGUAAUAUUGAUAUUAAAAUUAAAGAGCCACGAGGACUUGCACGAUUAGUUCAAAUAGACAAUGACAUAUGUUUAAUUGAUAUAACUGUACAAGGACUAACACCAGGAUAUCACGGAAUUCACAUACAUGAAUUAGGAGAUAUUUCAAAUGGACCUUUAAGUACUGGGGAUCAUUAUAAUCCAGAAAAUGUAGAGCAUGGUGACAUUAACAUUGGACAUAUUGGAGAUUUGGGAAAUAUUUAUGUUGGUGAAAGUGGAUGGGGUGAUCUGGUAGUGGAGAGCAGACGUAUUAAAGUUUGGGAGAUAAUUGGAAGAUCGAUAGUUAUCAGUCAUGGUAAGGAUGAUGAAGGUAAAGGAAAUGACAAGCAAAGUAAGAUUGAUGGCAAUUCUGGUCAAGGUUUGAUUGCUGGAAUUAUAGCUCGUAGUGCUGGUGCUUUUGAAAAUACGAAAAAAGUUUGCUCUUGUUCUGGUAAAACUUUAUGGGAAGAAGCAAGAUUGGAUAUUUAG